UUCCCCCCCUCCCGAUCGAUCGAGAGACCACCCGAGGCAUUAAAUUACAUGGCGCAGGCCACGAUGGUGAUGGUCGCCGUGCUGGCCGUGGCGGCCCUCGCCGGCGUCGCGUCGGCCGAGAAGGCCGGCGGGUUCGUCGUCACCGGCCGCGUCUACUGCGACCCCUGCCGCGCCGGGUUCGAGACCAACGUCUCGAAGAGCGUCCCGGGCGCGACGGUGGAGGUUGUGUGCCGGCCUUUCGGCAGCACCAAGGAGACGCUCAAGGCGGAGGCGACGACGGACGAGUACGGGUGGUACAAGCUGGAGAUCGACCAGGACCACCAGGAGGAGAUCUGCGAGGCGGUGCUGGCCAAGAGCUCCGACCCGGCGUGCGCCGAGGUGGAGGAGUUCCGCGACCGCGCCCGCGUCCCGCUCACCUCCAACAACGGCAUCAAGCAGCAGGGCGUCCGCUACGCCAACCCCAUCGCCUUCUUCCGCAAGGACCCGCUCGCCGACUGCGGGGACAUCCUCGAGAAGUACGACCUCAAGGACGCAUCGGAGACGCCAUGAUUCCUCAUCAUCAGCACCUACUCUUAGCUGCUACUGCUAUUAGCUUCCAUCGAUCAUGCAUUAUUGAAGCAGCCAGGCAGGCGCCGGCCGGCCGGCCGGAGGGGUCUUAACAUACAUACAUACAUAGUACAUAUAUAUUUAUAGGUGUCUGUCUCCGGUCAGCCGCCGGGCCGGCGUCGGAGAAGAUGAGGUACGCUGUUUGUGUAGCCGCCGGCCGAGUGGGCGUUUUCGACUUCUAGUGUACACUGAGAUCUAUCUGUCAGUUGGACCUCAUCAAUUUGCAAGCACAUUCUUAUUCUUAUAUAUACGAUGCUGCUUCUUUUUUACUUUUUUUUUUCCUCUCUUCUCUCCUCAUGUACUGUAACCACCCUUGAUUGAUUCAGAUGUUAUUCUCUAAUUAAUUUGAUCAAUGUGACU